AUGAGGAAAACCUCCGAGGAUUGUCUCACUUUGUCUCCAGACUGGAAAGUAGAAGAUGAGGACAUCACACAGUAUAGUCCAGGAGAAAACCCGGCUCCCUCCAAUGUCCAUCCGGCACCACCCAGUGUAGAUGGACCAUCGGAUUCCUCGUAUCCUGAGGAACCUCAGACUGUGCGGGACUGGGCUGGCCUUCCAACAGGGAAGAGCUUCUCCUGUACUGAGUGCGGGAAGAGGUUCUCCUGUACUGAGUGCGGGAAGAGGUUCUCCUGUCCUGAGUGCGGGAAGGGUUUCCGGUGUAAAUCAGAGCUUAAUGUGCAUAAAAGAUCUCACACAGGAGAAAAGCCAUAUUCCUGUCCUGAGUGCAGGAAAUGUUUUGCCAAAAAAUCAGUACUUGUCAACCAUCAGAAAUCUCACAUGUGGGAGAAGCCAUAUUCCUGUCCUGAGUGCGGGAAAUGUUUUUCCGUGAAGUCCAAUCUUUACACACAUAAGAGGUCUCACACAGGGGUGAAGCCAUAUUCCUGUCCUGAGUGCGGGAAAAUAUUUUUCAGUGAGGUCCCAUCUUUCCAGUCAUCAGAGAUGUCACACGGGGGGAGAAGCCAUAUUCCUGUCCUGAAUGUGGGAAAUAUUUUUCACAGACGUCCUAAUCUUUACAGACAUCAGAGAUCUCACACAGGGGGAAGAAGCUGUAUUCCUGUCCUGAGUGAGGGAAAUGUUCCUCACUGA